AAGAGGAGCACAGCAGCACAGGAGUAGUCAUGAGCCGUCGAACCGCGUCUCCGAAAUAAAGAAAAGACGCGAACAGUUAGACAGGCUAUGUUGAGACAACAUAUUGGGACUCCAGGAUCUUUAUGGACUCGGAAUCUAAGGAAUUUUCGUUACGUCCAAAUCUAUGUAGGAUGUGGCGACUGCACUAAAGCAGCAUAGAUUCGUUUACCCCUACUUUUUCUUUUGCGGCAUUUUAUUUUUUCUUUAAACAGGCGCAAAGACAACAACUGCAACCUGGACUCCUUUUGUAAAACAGGAAUGGUUUAUCCUCCUGAAGGUGUAUUCUACAUUGAAAUGGAUCAAGCACCACCAGCUCUCCCUCCCAGGUCAACAAAGCCAGUGAUGUCCACCAUGAACAACAACUGCCUUUCUCCACCUGUGUAUUCGCUACAGGAUGCUGAAUGGUAUUGGGGGGAUAUAACUAGGGACGAGGUUAACGAGAAGCUUCGGGACACACCUGACGGCUCUUUUCUGGUGCGUGACGCAUCCACAAAGCUACAAGGAGACUUUACACUGACAUUAAGGAAAGACGGGCUAAACAAGUUGAUCAAAAUUUACCACCAUGAUGGAAAGUACGGCUUCUCGGACCCCCUCACGUUCACGUCGGUAUUGGAGCUUAUUUGGUACUAUCAGCACCAUUCGUUGGUGGAGUACAACGCCACACUGGAUCUGAUGCUCACUCAUCCUGUGUCCCGCUUCCAGCAGGUGAAAGAAGAUAGCGUUGAUGUGGCUGGGAGGAAACUGAAAGAGGUCCACAAUCAGUACCAAGAAAAAUCUAAGGAGUUUGAUCAUCUUUACGAAGCCUUCACAAAGACCUCGCAGGAGAUUCAGAUGAAGCGCACGGCGAUCGAGGCUUUUAAUGAGACGAUGCUGAUCUUCGAGGAGCAGUGUCGUGAGCAGGAGCGUUACGGAGAGGAGUUCGAGAGGAACAGUCAUUCAGAUGCUGACACAGAGCUGGAGAGCUUUCUGAUAAAUUAUGAGAAGCUGAAGUGUCGUCUUGGAGAGAUCUUUGACAGCAAAAUCCACCUGGAGGAGGACUUGAGAACACAAGUGGAGUACUACAGAGAGACGGACAGGAAGAUGAACAGCUUGCGACCAGACCUCAUCCAGCUACGCAACAUCAGAGACCAGUACCUCAACUGGCUUAAUCACAAAGGUGUGCGGCAGAAACGGAUAAAUGAUUGGCUGGGGAUACACAGCGACAGCCUCGAUGACACAUACGUGUUGAAGGGAGAUGAGAAGAAUUUGCCACAUCACGAUGAGACGAGCUGGUUUGUGGGCGAACUGAGUCGGUCGCAAGCUGAAGAGAUGCUUCAAGGAAAAUCUCCUGGAACGUUCCUGAUCCGCGAGAGCAGCAAGCAGGGAUGCUACGCCUGCUCUGUUGUAGUGAAUGAAGAGGUCAAGCACUGCAUGAUCUACAGCACGCCGCACGGUUACGGCUUCGCCGAACCCUAUGACGCACACUGCUCGCUGAAAGACCUCGUCCUGCACUAUCGCCUGCACUCCUUAGCGCAACACAACGAUGCCCUGGAUGUCCGGCUGUCGCACCCAGUACAAGCCAAAGCCACAGCCGCUGCUUCUCAACACUCAGAGGAGCACAAACUGUUACAGACUCCAAAACACAUGCCGGGACUCCCUCCUGCAGCUCCAGAGAUGUAACCCAAGAGAGAAGAGACAAGAAGAAAGGACGUGUUUGCUAUUUGCUGCGAGAACGUCUGCAUCAAAGGUGCAUUGUGUAAAAUUUUGCACUACAGUGAUUCUUUCGGUUUCUGAGAAGGGGAUGACGUGGGACCGGAACUUGAAUGUCAGCUUGACUGUUUCAGCUUUCCAGCUAAUUUUACACUUAGUGCUGUUUGUUCAAAAGCACCCCGCCCCCCCAUGAUACCCCCUUAUUUCUCUGUUAGGGAAGCUGAUAGCCUGAAAUUUGUUCACCGGUUGCUGAAAAUAUCUGUUUCCACUAUCUGUUUUUACAAAUUUGAUCAAUAUGUUUUUAUAUAUUGGGUUGCUACUGCAGAUAUAUGAGGAGAGGAAAAGAUAAAAAAAAAAUGGUGCUGUUAACAAGCCUGAUUAGAUUAUAUCAGUUUAAUGGGCCAAACCAUUUUUUGGGGGGGGGGGGGGUUAAAAUGCCAAGUGUGAAUAUGUUAAAAGUCGUGCUGCAUCUUAACCAUCCGCCCCUUCCUUAACAGACAUUCAUAUACAGUGGAUAAUUAUGUAGCAUUAACAUACUGUAGAAAAACCAUUGUAAAAGCAUAUUCAAUGUUAUACCCAUUGACCAAAGCACUUAAUAGUGAGAAAAACUACAUCCCGUUUAGUGUGGUAAUUGCAUUUGGGCAAGGGUAGGGAAAAUUUAUGUACACCUGCUGAUGUGCUGAUCAAAACAUAAUCCGAAGUACUGUAUGUUAUAUUCUGUUAUUCAAAGAAAUAUAAGCUUUUUGUAUUCUAUAUAUAUUUUUUCUAUAAACAUGCCACAAGAUGAAAGCUUGAAGAAAGUGCAAUCCAACAGUAUUUCUAUUGUUGCAAUGUGUGAUGAUAAUGAUGGCGCAGGGGGCGGAGAAGGUAAUGCUGUUAUGAGAGGUUGACGUUUGCCACAAAAAUGCACUCUCCCCGGUGGUGUCGGUAUGAUGUGGCCUCCGAUGUUUGUGUGAACUGCCAGAGGUCUGGAAGUAUCCUGCCUCCAUUUACUUGAACUGUGGCAUUGCUCGAGCUAUGAAUGUUUUUUCAUGACAUGCAGCCUACAUAGCUUCAGAGGAAAGGAAUCCAUGUUGAACUUGGCACAUUUUUCAACUUUGAGGACAAUAGACACUUUGUAUAGAGAGAUACCGUUAAAUGUAUUUCUGACGUUGGUUCGCGGAAGGAGGUUGAUGAAGCCUCUUGAAAAAUAUGACUCCACUGGAGGACUGAGGAAACUCCUUGGGUGAAGCUGAGCAAUGUGAGAUCCUGACCUUUUUCAUGCUGAAAGACAAUAAACUACAGAGAGUUUUGUCAA